GGGAACCGACCGCUUGAGACAUUGCGAGCCCAUGGGCCGGCCUCGCGCGACGCGUCGACGUCGGGAGGAGGAGGCCAGUUGAAAGGCGAGGCGAGUCGAUGAGGCCAUGACGAGCCGGCGCAGCAGCUGGGAUGAGGCAGAUGAGGAGCACUCGCUGGCCAUGCGCAAGGCGAUUACCAUGCUCAGGAACUACCUUUACAAGAAGGAGGCCUCGAUCCUGAAGUCAUGGUUCAAGCACUUCGACUCCAACAUGAAUGGCAUCAUGGAGAAGUCCGAGUUCCUCUCCUGCGUGUCCAAGAUGUCGUACCCGGGCAACAUCCAGGACUUCUGGAACGAGCUGGAGCUUCCUGAUGCUGAGACCAUCAGCCUUCGGGAGACCGGAAAAGCGGUCACCGGAUUACCCAGACUUGUUCCAGAACAGGAGAUCAACGAGGACCUGGCCGCGCUGUGGAGCCACUUCCGGAAGUUCUGCGGCUGCACCUUCCUCGGUGCCAAGGACCUGCUGGUGAAGCUUACGAGCAAAGAGGAUGAGAAGAGGCCCAGCUCCAUUCGCGCAGGUAGCCAGCCGCUCCUGGUGGAUGCCCCGCAGUGGGUGCAGGGCUUGAGGAACCUGGGCUGGAUGGAAGGCUACGAGGAGAUGCUCUUCGAAGCUUUGGACCUGCACGACGAGGGCUUGUUGGGCCAGAGGAACUUCCAUUGGCUGGAGCCGGAGGUGCGUCGGCACCUGCUGAAGUGCGAGGCCAAGAAGAAGGCUGCGGCAGAUCAGAAGGUCCGCGUGGCUGCAAGGCGCAACCGGCAGCAGGCUUUGAUCGACUUCAAGUCCUACAUCCGGCGGCACUUCGGGGAGUCGUACCACGCCUGGCGCCGCGCGCUGGAUGUGGAUGGCACCAUGAACUUGCAGCGCCCCGAGCUCUUCAAGGUCUGCCGCACGCUUGGCUGGCGCGGGGACGUGCGCCUCUUGUGGCAAGCCCUGGACGUGGACGGUGCAGGCACCUGCUCCCUGCAAGAGCUGGACCCUCGGUGCGCGCGGCAGCUGGCAAAGUUCCGGCGCUGGGCCGAGGGGAAGUUCGGGUCAAAGCCCGCCCAAGCUCUUUGGAAGGCACUGGACCGUCAUGGGAAGUUCCGGCUCAGCCUGGAGGCCUUCUGCCAGAACUGCCGGCGCCUGGGGCUCGACAGCUCCGAGCAGCAGGUCAAGGAGAUUGCGGUCUGGUUGGAUUGGGAGGAGAAGAAGACCAUCACGCUGGAUGACCUGCUUUUCCUGGACAUCUGGAAGCCGCCGGCUUACCUGGUGGCCGAGCCCAACCCGGAGGCGGCGGUCGAGAUCCGAAGGCUGUUGCACGAGAAGCACGGGCACCCGCUGAGGGCCUGGCGCUUGAUGGACAAGGACAACUCGAACACCUGCAACUGGUACGAGUUCCUGUCCGCGGUGAAGGCGGUGAGCUUCGAGGGCGACGCCGCCGGGGCAUGGAUGGCCCUGGACGAGGAUCUGAGUGGUGCCAUCUCGCUCGCCGAGAUUGAUGCCAACGCGAACAGCAUGCUCAUCCAGCUGAAGCAGUGGGCGGACCAGGAGUUUGGCGGAGUGCGAGCAGCCUUCCGUGUUUUGGACAAGGACAAGUCUGGGGAGCUGAGCAUGAGCGAGUUCCGCACCGCAGUCUUGAUCUUCGGUUUCGCCGGGGAGGAGGUGACGCUCUUCCGGUGCCUGGACGUGAACGGCCAGGGCCGGCUGCAGCUUCACGAGGUGCACUUCUUGGACGACUGGGAGGUGCCCAAUCCGGCGGAUUUAGAGGCGCCGGAGCUCCCCGAACGCAGCGCCUCGCGGCUCUCGCGGCUCUCGCGGCUCUCGCGGAGCUCCCGGCGCCCGGAGUCACAGUCCAUCGUGGAGUACUCCACGCUGGGCCCGGGCCCGGGGUCCUACAGCAUCGCCUCCACCUUUGCGCCGAGGGCGCAGAUGCCCACCCACAGGCACCGUGGCGCCUCCACCUUCCGCCCGCGCCCAGAGGUGACGUUUCUGGGCAAGCUGAAGAAAGGAGGGGCCGGGCCGAGCUCCCCGGCGCCGGUGGCGAAGCGGGUCCCUGCCUGGGGCUUCGGCACCACGCCGCGGGAGAAGGCGGAGCCGACGUCCCCUGGCCCCGGGAGUUACGAGGGCCGCGCGGGCACCCCUCGCGGACCCAAGUUCACCCUGGGCACCAGGCGCACUGCGAAGAUGCAUCCGCUGGCGCCGAUGAUGAUGAGAACCAUGUAGCAGCCGCUUUUUGCGGCCUUACUUGGAUGACGGAGGGGCAAGUGGGAGUUUCGCUGGAUGGUCCCUGGCAUCUAUUUCUUUUCCCG